CGCCUGACGCUCCUCUCGACGCCCAGGAAGAGAAACCACACAUCUGUCGCCGCAAGUUUAAAUAUGACGAUUCAUUUUUUGUUUUGACGUGUUUACGUUCCUGUAGCGGUAUUGAGGGUAAUAAUGCUGGAUGGUUGGACUAAUGAAGUUCAGUUUGGAUUUCUGCCGGUUACUGGGGCUCAGCGGCUCCAGUGAUGAGAGCCCAGAGGAGAUGGACACAGGUGCCCUCCCCAAGCAGAAUGACCACACACUCUCACAGGGGGAUGAGAAUGCUGGAGCUGAUUCUGAACUUGAUGAGUCUGAGGAGUCUGAGCCAGAGGAGGUGGAAGGUAUAGGCCUUUCAAAGGUGGAAGAGAAGCCUGUUGCUCCUUCAAGUAAAAGUUCUUCUGGACCUCCGCUGGCAUCAGGGAACAAAAGCAACCGGCAACCGACGGCCCGGUCUAGUGAGGAGGACCCAGGGUGGGAUGUGAAUAGUGCUUUUGUUGCCAAUGCUGUCAGUCAUAUUCGACCCAAAGCUAAAAGUAAAGGAGCUCACAAGUCGAAAGAGAACAAGGAAAAUGAGAGCAGAACAGGAGAAGUGAGUUUUGGUAAUUGUUUAUUUAGUGUCCUGUGUUUUGUUGCCAUCGGUCGGCUGCCCAUACACUUGUGUCGUAAAGGUGGAGCCCAUAAAUCCUCCUUUCUCUUCACUCCAGAAAAAGGGAUUCGAUUUGUUCAGGAGGGUCAGUACACGCAAGCUCUUAGUCUGUUUACAGAGGCCAUCAAAUGUGACCCGAAAGACUACAGGUUUUUUGGAAAUCGCUCCUACUGCUACUGUUGUCUGGAGCAGUAUCCUCUGGCCCUCGCAGAUGCUGAGAAGUCCAUCCAAAUGGCUCCCGAUUGGCCCAAAGGCUAUUACCGUAGGGGAAGUGCAUUAAUGGGACUUAAGAGGUACUGUGAAGCUGAGAAAGCCAUGGAACAGGUGCUAAAACUGGACCAAGACUGCGAAGAAGCGGUCAAUGACCUCUUGUACUGUAAGGUGCAACAACUUAUGGUAAGGACAGGAUUUCUCAUUGUAGUUAAAUUUUUCUCGCUCUCUUUCACAAGUCCUUGCAAUUCCUUGUGGGUUGGAAACGUGACCACAGAACUGACAGAGAAACAUCUGCGGGACCUCUUCAAAAUUUAUGGAGAAAUCGACAGCAUUCGGGUUCUGCACGAACGUUUCUGUGCGUUUGUUAACUUUAAGAAUGCCAACAUGGCCUCCAGUGCGAUCGAGAAACUCAAUGGACAUUUUAUUGAGAAUACCCGACUAGUGGUUCGAUAUCCAGAUCGACGGAUUCAGAGAGUCCUGCCAACACCUGUCAUUCCACAACCUGCAGGGGCUGCUGGGCCAAGACGCAGAGGUCCUGUCAACGGAGAUGAGUGUUACUUCUGGAGAACCACCGGCUGUCAUUUUGGAGAUAGGUGUCGCUAUAAGCACAUUCCCGAUCAUCGAGGCAAAGACUGGCAACCUUGAGUCAACACUAGCCUCUCUUUCUUUCCCCUAAGAACUCUGGGAGACGACUGCAUGACUGUUGGGACUGUAAUCUUCACUUUGAUUAUCUGUAGGUCAGGACCAGGAUUGUGGAUCAGAGUCUUACGACAGCUCUCUUGAGGUUCGAGUUCUUCACUGUCAGACUCCGAACCUCACAGGGUUUUAAAGCAGACAGGACUCUGGGAAAAGUCUAAUUUGAGGUGAGGUUUGGGUGGUGCAGAGUGCCAGAGCAUCGCUGCACCGCAUUGCCGUCUGCUGAGGUUUACAUGGCCUCUCAUAUCGUAUGCUCUCUUCUCUCUUCCUGUGCCAACAGUAGAUCUGAUCUGACAUUUGAGUUCAUCCUAAGAGAACGACUUCAAUUCUGUAUUUGAGGUCGCAAACCCUCAAAAUGAGGAUGGGAGAAUCGUACCAAAGAAUAAUACUAUGCCAUAUGUGGAUUUUACGUUGAGAAAGAGAAAAGGCAUUCAGGGAAAA